GAAAAAAGUCAGAAAUAUCAAAACCCUAGUUAGCCCCUUAAAGCGGCUUCGACACCAUAGCCUCCAAAUCCCCUGAGCAUAGAGUAUUGGUCGGACUUCAACUGAAUCAGCUAUCACCUACUUCAUUCCCUUGCUCUGAAGUCUGAAGACCGGGCAGCGUCCGCCUUGUCCUCUUUUCGUUCUUCGUGAACGUUCUGUCAGGUGGCGGCUUAUUUCUUAUAGUAUCUUCCCCAGCAGGCCUGGGUUGUGUACAGCUCGGCGUCCUACCUUUCGACAAGCACCGUUUGCUGACGUCGUGGGGAGACCACAUUGGUGGAGUGUGGAUUAUAAAUCACCCUUCUCUUAUGAGGUACCUUUUAGGGGGCGAGUUCUAUCCAGAGGGCUUGUGGUCGUGACAUUGGUGCUCUCGUUAAGAGUUGCCAUUCGCGGAAAGGACUGCCCAUGGAGGGGCCGACUAGUUGAAGGCCGAAUGAAGCGCCGUGGAGCGUGAGCCGUCGCGGACGCCAGCUUUUGAGGGGUGGGCUAUGUCAUGAGUCCCAUAUCAGGAGGCCACAUUGGUAGAGGGUGGUUUAUAAGUCAACCGGGCACCCUCCUCUUGCGAGGCGCCUUUUGGAGAUUUCACAGUUUUGGAAGGCUAUUGUUGGGCAAAGAGUAGCUUCGCUUCUGCUCCACAAAACAGGAGUAGUAGCAAUGGAGGGGUUGAAGGUGUCAGAUGCUAAUCUAGUCGUAUAUGUUCAUCCUUCAAAAAGUAAAAAAGUUCCCCAAGCAGUUCUCAAUGAGCUCAGCACUUUGCUUUUCACGUUCAGUGAAAUCUUUGAUGGGGUUGUGUUAGCCUAUGAUAUCAACCUCCUUGAUAAAUGUGCAAAAAUUCUUUCUGGAGUUCAUCCUUAUUUUGGGGUUAAACUAAAUGCGAAAUUGUUACUUUUUUCUCCAAAGCCGGAUAUGCUUUUAGAAGGGAAGGUGGUUAAGCUUACACAAGAAUCUAUUCAUGCCAUUGUGCUCGGCUUUUCUUCUGCAAUAAUUGUUGACAAAGACAUUAGGGAAGAGUUCUCAUACAAAAUUAAACGUGGACAAGGUAGAUAUACAAGCAGAUUGCGUAAGCGGCAUGUGAUAAAGGUUGGAACCAUGAUACGCUUUCAAGUCAAGAGCUUUGAUGAGGAAAUACUUCAUGUUUUUGGAUCCCUGAAGCCAGAUACCACUGGCAGCAUUCAUUGGUUAGACAAGAACUUGGAAGAUGUUUCCCAAAGUGACAGAAGUGCAAAGAAGAGAGAAAAUGGGGGAGAAUCACUAAUCCCAGAGCAAAAUGCUAUGGUUGAGGAACCAAUUUCCUUGGACAAUGCACACGUGAAAAGGCCAAAGAAACAAAGAAUUAAAGAGGAAUCAUGGAGUUGAAAGUAGCUCUGGAAUCCUAUUCUGUAUGUAUUUUGUUUUCCCAGGGCUUUCACAUUAUUUUGCAGCUUGACCACUGUCUAGUGCCCUAGAAGUAGCAGCUUCAUGAGCCACUGAUAAACAUGAAAAGUGGAGAGGAAGAGUCCAAGAAAUCUCAACACUGCCUUGGGUUAGUUUUGCUAUUAUACGUCGACAGAUUUAUUGACAAGCAUGAAAACUCAAAUUUGUUGAGCCUUGUAAUCCGUGUUCGGCAUCAAUUUGUACCUCAAGAUUAUGUAUCCUGUUGACUGCUGCCAUUUCAUUUAUUUACAUGUGUAUCCCGAAAUGGCUCCAACAUCUUACUUAUGCUUUCUUGAUUCAAAUCAUUCUGGAUUAUCACUCACAGCUAGAAUAAUAACAACGCAUGGUGGUGGCCAGUCUCAUUGAUGAUACAGUGUGAAUCUGAUGUCAGGGAUAUUGUAGCCAUUUUUUAUGGAAUAUCCACAUGGCACAUACGAAGAAAAAUAAAGCAUGUUUUCCCAAUGGGAUACUUUUGGUCUUUGAA